AAAUGUGUGUUUAACAAAGUAAAUGUCAGAACAAAUACAUAUAAAAAGGUGUACAUCUGUUUAAUGGUAAACAUAUGGAAUAAGUAUGAUGAUGAAUUAAAACAAUCUUGAUCGUAUUUUUAAAAAUGCGCAAAAAAAAAGUCAAAGAACAAAUAUAAAUGUGCGGUCCAAUUAACCUGCUAUGGGAGACAUGAUAUCUUCUAAUUAAUCUUUAUUUUAGUAUUUUAAUAUUUUACAGGGGUUUCUCAAUAGAUUUGAAUAUUAUUUAAAGGUUAAUUUAUUUCAGUAAAUCAAUUUCAAAAAUGCAACUCAUAAAUGAUACAGUUGUAUUACACACAGAGUGGUAUACUUCAAGGGUUUAUUUCUGUUAGUUUGAAAGAUUAUGGCUUACGGCAAAGGAAAACUUUAAAAACAGUUUCUCCGAAAUGUAUUUUAAGACCAAUAAAAUAGAGAUUUCUACUACAGAAAUAUUGUGUUAUGGUCCGCAGAAUCAGUCACUGACACAAUCUACAAGGAAGUUAAGUCACAAAAGACCAUGGCUAAAGAAGCUGCCUGUUAUCAAGCACAUAAAGGCAAAGUUGAGUGGAAGGAAAACAUGUUAGAAAAAAAUGCACAGGCCAAAUAAUCAAUGUCCCAUAAUCAGGAGGAAGAGUGGAGUGGCACAGAUUUAAACAUGACAAAGUCAAGAGAAAGAUAGGAGACACCAUACCAAAUAAGGCAGAUGAGCUGCAGGGCUCUAAUAAAACAAUCUGCAGCAAUGCCUGCCCAUAUCAUACAGUAUACAUGAAUGCAGCUUUCAGUAGGCCCACAUUUCCAUAUUUAAAAGUUUUUUUUCAUUGGUCACAUCUAAUUUUCUAAAUUUCUUUGGCGUUCUCAUUAGCUAUGAGUCAUAUUCAAUAGAAUUAACAGAAAUAACAGAGCGAAUAAAUAUACGUAUAUAUGACAUUUACUUUUUGAUCUUAAUUAAUUCAUGAAAUAAAGCUUUUGAAGACACACCUGUAUAUCAGUAUAUACAAUCAUAUUAAAAAAAAAACUUAAAAAUGCGUUCUAAUGAGGCUCGUUUGUCUUGUUAAAAGUCACUUUUUAAAAUAACAACCUUUAAGCAACCUUUAGGCAGGAAUCAAACAAACUUUUUACUAAACCUAGAUAAUAUUUUUUUUAUUGGUCUGAUGUAAUAUUCUAAACCUUAAAUGUUGAGUUUUCCUUAGCUGUAAGGGGAAAAUGAUUAUAAUAAAACAGAAAUAAAGGCUUGAAAUUUUAAAGCUUUAUUUCACGUUUAGAGUUUAAAACACCAGUCUGUGUGUAAUUAAUCUUUAUAAUGUGUUUUGCUUAGUGAAUUGAGUUACUGACAAAAUGAAUUUUCAAUAAUGUUCUGAUUUAUUAAAUAUGACUAUAUUAGUACUUUUCACAUCUUGUUUUAGUUCAAUUAAAACAUAUAAAAUAUGUUUUAAUUUAUUCUGACAUAAUACAGACGCAUGCAGCAAGAUUCGUGAUGUCGUACAUGAAAGUGACACAAUGUCAUUAUUAUUCUUCAAUUUUUAUUAAUAAAUAAUCAAUAAAUUAUUAAAGUUUAAAGGAGACCAUGACAUCUUGCUUAGAUAAUAAUUCAUACAUUUCUUUUGUUUUAUUCUAAGGUAUUUUAUUACGUAAAGGUCACCGUACUUCCUCCUAACAACACAUGGGCUCCUUCGUGAUGGCAUGUCUACAAAAAGCUCUCCGACGUCAAGCAGGCAGCGCUGGCUGCGUGCGCGUUCAUGACAAACACCGUCUUCCAUCUGACGUCACCUUCUGAUCAGCCGAAAUCCCUGAUAACGCGGCGCGCGCUCCCGCUCGGCUCUGAAUGGGGGCUCAGUCCAGGCGGUGACAGCUCGUCCAGUACGUCUAAUCCACGUCUCGCUCCUCCAGUCCGGUCCGCCGCUCUCCGACACACCGGCAGUUCACGGACCCCGCUCCUCCGGUAGUACACAGUUAUUCAGGAAUGAGAAAUGAUGGCCGGCUCUGCAGCAGAGGAGAAAACCUUCCGACGGUUCCUGGAGCUCUUUAUCCGGGAGAUGAGGAUGCCUCUGCAGGAGAGCGACCCGGUGCCGAUGCGCCCUUUGUCGGACCUGAUGUCUGAGGACGAGGUGGAAGGAGAAUGCCUCGACCUGUGCCUCCAGCACCUCUACAAAUACAACUGCCCGUGCUCGCUGGCUGCCGCUCUGGCCAGAGCCACAGCAGACAGCCUCCUUCAGUCCGACCUCUCCAUCCACAACCUCAACAAGGCUGUGGAAGAUGGAGCUGACCCAUUACCACAGAUGGAGUCAGUGAAGAUGGCCCGGCUGGUGUUUAACAGACUGUUUGAGACGUGCUGCCUCUGGCAGAAGGAGCUGCCCUUCCACCGCCGUCCACAGCCAUACUAUGAAACGUCCAUCCACUCCAUCAAGAACAUGAGGCGCAAGAUGGAAGACAAGCACAUCGUCAUCCCCGACUUCAAUACACUCUUCAACAUUCAGGAUCAAGAGGAACAGGCUUUCUUUGCUGUGUUUGAUGGUCACGGCGGUGUGGAUGCUGCUAUUUAUGCUGCCAACCACCUCCAUGUCAAUUUAUUCCAUCAGGAGUCCUUCAGCCAGGACCCCAGCGAGGCACUGUGUAGAGCCUUCAAGCUGACUGAUGAGCGCUUUGUAAAGAAGGCCUCACGAGAGCACCUGCGCUGUGGAACAACAGGGGUGGUGACGUUCCUGCGAGGUCGCACGUUGUAUGUGGCCUGGCUGGGAGACUCCCAGGUCAUUCUGGUCCGGAGAGGGCAGGUGGUGGAGCUUAUGAAACCCCAUAAACCAGACAGAGAGGAUGAGAAACAGAGGAUCGAGGCUCUGGGAGGAUGUGUGAUUUGGUUUGGCACAUGGAGGGUCAAUGGGAGCCUGUCCGUAUCCAGGGCAAUAGGCGACUCAGAGCACAAGCCCUACAUCUGUGGGGAUGCAGACCAUGGUGUUUUUCCAUUAGAUGGCUCAGAAGACUACCUGAUACUGGCCUGUGAUGGGUUCUGGGACACCGUGAGUCCCGAUGAGGCGGUUCGGGUAGUCAGUGACCAUCUCCAGGAGAACACUGGAGACACCACCAUGGUGGCCCACAAGCUAGUGGCCUCGGCCCGAGAUGCAGGUUCUAGUGAUAACAUAACUGUCAUAGUGGUGUUCCUGCGAGAUCCACGCUCACCACUGCCCACCAGCACAGAGGAUGAGGAGGAGGGCGUGGUGGAGGAACAGGUGGAGGAGGAAGAGGUAGCUGAGGUGGAGGAAGAGCAGGAAGAAGAGGAAGAAGAUGAAGCAAUGAGAGUAGAGCGUGAUGGAGGCAGUGCAGCAGAUGUUGGAGGAAAAAGCCGCGGAGGCUGGCCCCUGCAGCAGUGCUCGGCCCCCGCCGACCUCGGCUACGAAGACCGAACGGACUCGUUCACGGACAGAACUAGCCUCAGCUUGCUGGGGCCAUCACUGGAGAGCCACAUCUCUCUCAUUCGAGGAUCAAGGAAGCCCUUCUUCACCUUUAGCCCCAACCUCUUCACAACCUCCCACAACUACCGGGGAGGACGCCCUCUGAGACGCAGGUCAUGCAUCCCAUUUCAGGAGCCUGGCAUCUUUAGCUUUACGGACCCACUGUGUCCCCAAACCACCAUGCUUUUAGACCAAGCAGUGAGACGAAACCACAGGCGGGGUUACGUUAGCCCCCGAUGGGGUCGGAGGUGGCCAAGCAGAUCCAAAGAGCUGCUAGGUCUGAUACCGUCUGGCCACAGGCAGUGCUACUCGCCCUGGAGGCCUGGAGUGGCAGUGCCCCACCUGCCCUAUGAUGCUACCAUCUAAAGGUUCAGCCAAACCAAACCAUUUCUAUGGUUCUUCACUUCUCCCCCUGCCCCCCACCCCACCCACCUUUGCCUUCAACAGCACAUCUUUCUUUGAUAGUAAGUAGUUGUGGCUCCCGCAGUCGUUAUGUGAUUAAUCAAUCAAUGUUAGAGGACUGGUACUCUCUGUCCCAAGUCAAAACGUUUCACAAUGUAAGCUGGCCCACUGAACACAAGUCCAAACCACAUCUUCACCGUUGUGACCACUGAUCAGUCAAUACGAAGCCAGAGCUGAAACUGCUGGACAAUAGGAUGUAUUCAAAGGCUGAAUGUGACAAAAUGUUUAAAAAAAAAGGCACUAUAGUUUGAUGUUUAUAUGGAGUAGACCAGACCAGUUACUGCAGAAAAUGCAAAUAUGGUUUGAGCUGUAUCACUUCAGGAAAAAGAAACAAAAAUUUUAAGUACAUUUUAAAGUCAGUUACCUGGAUUCAAUCACCUGUUAUUAUCAAGUAGGACCUUAGCUCUGUUUUGGGUUCUGAAUGCCCUCGAGUGAUGAAAAAUAUUAACUUGCAUUCAUUUAUUUAUUUAUGUGCCUGGUUGUUUCACGCUCUGUAGAAAGAUGUUAUUUAUUUUAAAAGAUAUAAUAGAGAAACUUUUGCUAUUUAAAAAGAGAAAAAAAUACACAAUGGCUAGAAAGGUAGACUAUCGAAAGUUGCCCCCCUGUAUAGUUGUUCCACUGUAAGGAUUUGCUCCCUCUUACUCACAACAGCACUAGCAGGACUGGAAGCUGAUAUUUUCUUAUUUGGUUUGGCAUUUAGCAUAUUUGACACCACAUAUAAUAUUUUAACCAUGAUGUUUUUUUUUCAUUGUUGACACUCUCCUAAUCUACUGCCAUGAAAACAGAACAUACAGUGCCCACAGAGUAUUCGCAUCUCUUUACUAGUUCCAAGUAGAACAAUAUGUUCUGUUAUGUAACAUGCUUACCUCCAUGCUUUACAAUAGCAAUUGUGUUAGCCUGGUGAUGAGCUCUACCUGUUUUUCUCUAUACUUAUUGCUUGGAUUCAGGCUAAAAUGCUGUAUUCUGUUUUAAUCGGACCAGAGAAUUUUAUUUCUCCUUGUCUGACAAUUUCUAAAGUAUUUUUUGGCUAAAUUCAAGCAGGUAGACAUAUACCUUUAUGUGAGAAAUGGUCACUCAACUAUAAAGGCCUGAUUGUGGAGUAUGUUGGCAAUCGCUGACCCUCUGGAUGGUUCUAUCUCCACAGGAGAACACAAGAGCUAUGCUAUAGUAACCAACAGGUUCUUGAUCACCUCUCUAACUAAACUCCAUCUUCCCCAAUUACUAGGUUUGGCCAGCCACCAAGAUCUAGGAAGAGUCCUGGUCUCUGGUGGUUCCAAACGUCUUCCUUUUCCAUCCAAUGUAGACCACAGUGUUUUUUUAGGAGGUUCAGUGCUCUUUCUUCCCCCAGUCUCACAGAUCUACAGGCUAUUCACUCUCAGCUGGAACUGACCUUAGCAGAGGUGUCCUUAAAUCAAGUUGUAGGAGUAUGUUAAGGAUGAUCAGUGGAAAUCAGAUGCACUUUAGCCCAAUUUUGAGCGUAAAGGCAUGUAAAGUCUUAUUUACAGUUCUUCAUUUCUCCUUGUGGGCUAUUUUAGUUUAGGUUUUUUCUAAGACAAAUAUUUUCAAAUAGGUGUAGGAAUAAGUCUACGAUGUAAAAAACAAAACAUGGAAAAUGUGAAACGUGAAUACUAUCUGCUGGCACUGUAUAUUCUUUAUAGCUGUACAUUAUUUUUCUUCAUUGUAACUAACAGAAAUUUAACCAAAACUACAUAUCUUAAUUUUAUGUUACAUUAAGCACAUUUUUCCCUAUCCAAGAAAAAUGACAAUCUUUCUGUCCAUAUCGGAAAAGAGAAAGAUUACAUGCUAUCACUGCUUUCUCAUCACUUUUAUGGCGUGAAAAAUAUCCUCUUUUUGUGAGAUAGAUGUUAACUGAACAUUGCAUCAAGCUCUAAUGACUUAUCCUGCCUUUUAGUCCCCUCAGCAGUCCUCUGGUAGCAGAUGAAUAGCUUUUGUAGAUGAGGCUGGAACAAAUCUUGCUCCUGGUUUGUGGCACUGAAGGCAGACGUUCUGCCCCCACACAUGCAGUCAAUGACCCAGCAAUUAUCCUGCAACAAUUUGUCUGCUCUUAAAAGCAUUGACUGUCAGAUUAUAAAAGAUUAGAUAUUACUUACAUGAAUAAAUGCUUCAUGUAGUCCAGUAUUCCAGAUAGGAUGAACUCCUGGGUUAAUGGGCUUUUAGGCAGAGGGAUAUUGAGAUAUAUGCAUUUUUUUUAAGUCUCAUAGUUUUACAUGUAUUUGCUUUUACACAAAACUAACUGAGGAGAAGUAUUUUUAAAGGCUUGAUAAAAUUACCAUUUAUAUUACUAGAGCAAAGCUGAAAGAUGGAAAACAUCUUUAUGAAUGAGGCCUAUACUCCCCUCACUCUGAAUUACAUAUUGCAAGAUUAAUGUAUUGAUAUCUAAAAGAAAAAAGUGCUGGGAAAUCUGGCAAGUUUAAAAGCUAAAAAUUAAACUCAUACUCAUAAAUAUGAAAGUAAAACCUGCAGCUGUUAAGCUUAGCUCAGUCAUAACACUCUUUUUGUUGAAGCUAUUUGCAGCACUGUGGCAAUGCAACAUCAAGCCUCCUAAUGCACACUUGUCCUCCAUGAUGUUAUGUACAAAAAUGUCUUUUUUUUUGUGGGUUUGUUGUAAUCAACAAAUCACUUAAAUAGAACCUGUAUGAGAUUAAUUUAUAAGUAAAUAAAGCUUUCAUUUUAAUAGUCCCUUGGCAACAAUACAGAAAUCACCUUCUGCUGGUGACCAGCAGCUGAAAGAUGGUUUCCUCUGUGAAGUCCACUGAGGCUGGCUUCCAUAUCCCCACUGGAUAAUUUUUAAUUGGAUGUGACUAUCAUCUGCUCCAGAUUUUGGAACGGCGUCCCCCAUUCCUGCAGUCUAAUAUCUUGCCCCUUACUCUGUUAUCAAGUCAUCAAAGUAUUUCAUAAGACUGCACAAAUAUCUAAGUGUUUAUGCCCAGUUAACUUGGUGGAUCUAAGCUGUUAAGACAGCUCUGCUAUCCUAAAAUGUGUUCUUACUGUACCUGAAAGCUGAAAGAUCACUUGCAAAAUUAACUAAAGAAUUAAACUGUAAUCACAUUUUUGAAACAUAUUUUUAAUCGUCUUUCCAGCUAUAAAUUUAAAAAGUACAGUUGCCAAUUUAGAUUUUUAACUUAAUAAUCCACAUCAUUAAGAAACUAAACUUCAAACCGUAAUUUUAAUUAUCCCUGGAAAUGGCAAAAAAUAAUAAACUACAUCCUUGAAUUUUGUAGAACUGAAUGCUACUUUUACAUUGCAAGACCUGAAUUCAGUAAACACAAAUUGACGGAAAUUAAUGAGCUUUUCUUUGUUAAAGCCCUUACACAUUAAAUAGGGCUGUUUUUGGUAACAUUAUGAAUAUAUAUUUAGGAUUUAAAAAGAUGUUAACACCUAAUGGUCUGUCGAUUUAAUUUUAUUUGAAAUGGCAACAAUUGUUAGCAUACCAUCAGAACUAGCUCUCCCAGUAGCAUCAGCUUGAUUAGAAAUUUGUUUUCCAUCUAAUGUUGUAACAAAAAACAUGAAAAAUGAAAAUAAAAAUAAUUCAAAUUAAUUAAAUUAAAAUAAAAGCGAAAUUGUGUAGGUGUAAGCUAGAAGCCCCAAGACACAAAACGUUUGCAUUUCCUAGCUAAUGUGACAGCACGCUCUGAGCUAACGAGAAAGCUAACAUUUUUCUGGUGAGGAACUCUGUGGUGAAGAAAUUGUGUUUUGGAGUGCAGUAAUUAACCUUAUUAGCAAAAUAUAAAGUCAUACACCUUGGCUGUCAUAACCAUCAAUAAAAUAAGUCUCAGACUGGCCGCUAAUCAAGUAAUGCUAGCAAAAAUCAACAAAUGCUAGUAGCAUUGUGAUAAACUAUCCAAUAUAGGUAGGUGUUCCUUUUGAAAAUAUAUAUUUCUAAAAUUAUAAAUACAUAAACAUACCCAAUACACUUUAAAUUAUACAGUAAAUAACCCUAAAUUAAGCUGCCAACAGUAUAAAGUUCAACCAUUUAUAACUGACAGGAGAAAUAACGAGACCAGUUAAGUCCAUUAUUGAGCUGAAGUUACCAAACAGAGAGGUACAAAAAUUAUAUUAUAUUGGCAGAUUUAGGAGAUAUUAAACUAGAAGAAUAUGGAUUAAUUUUCUGCGCAUCACCAUUAAUCUGCUUCCUAUGUUACUGUUUGGUUACAUUUAAGCAAAGAGCAGGAGUUUCAGGUCAUGUCAUGCAUUUCCAUGAGACCAAACUGCUUCCACCAUUGUCACUGAAAGUGGUUAAAGGGACCAAGUUGGCAGAUGUUUUAGUACGAACUGAAAACUCUCAACAAAUUAAAGUAUUAUUAUUCAGAAAGCUGUUUUUACACAUUCCUUACACUUUUUUCUAGUAGGCUUGUGUUGAGAAGGGUUAACAAGGGGAUUCUCUUCUCCUUUUAAUUGCAUCUUCCACAAAUUGGCUAUUUGAAGAAUUAUUAUUUCUGACAUUGCAGAAGUCAUUUCCUUUCAUUUAAUGCAGUGAAAUGGCAAAUGUUUAUCACACCCAAGUUCUGUUAACUGAGGCUUUACUGGUCAACAGAACCAGGUACCCCAGUAUUACCUCCAGUUUCACUCAAGCUGGUGUUAUCCUGAGAACACGCUGUUGGGAGUAUUAUUGGAGCAGAAUGUGGUGAGGUUGGUUGACUUUAAGGUGAUUUUCUUUUCUUCUUGCUAUUUUGUUGGUUAAGAAGGUUCCAUACUGGGAGGUGUCGAGCUAUACAAAAUAAAAUCUAAAAGCCAUUUAGUUUCCCCUGUGGGAGCAACGUCACAUUUGUCUCCAAAGGCCUGGAGAAUACAGACAAAGGGCAUCAUUUAAACUAUUCACUUAGGCAUGAGUGUGUUUGUGUGUAUAUUCUGAGUACUAACAAAGUGGAGCGAGUGCUGGAGGAGUGUACAUACAGUAACUGUAUUGUAAAUGUGUUUUAAUCCACAAGACUCAGCAGCUGGGAUCAGUCUGCAACAUUCGCACCUCAGACUGUCUAAAUUUUACAGCACCAGACAGUGACAAGGUUCUUGUUUUUUUGUUUUUUUUAUUGGACUCUUAGCAGGCCUACCGUAACUUAGCUGUAGUUUAAUCCUGCUUUCUCACCCAGCCAUAAACAGUAAUACAGAGAUACAUAAAGGGGUUAUUUACAAAACUCUUCAGUCAAAAUGUCUGUUUUCACAGUUCCUAUAAAGGUUCAGCUGGGAGAGAUUUUUUUAGCAUGCUACAGAUUAGAAAAGGAAAGUCAAGGAGCUGCUGUGGAGUUCUGGCCUCAAUGUCGAACCAAAGAUUAAAUAUUUUCACCAAUUUUAUCAAUCUGGUACCAACGGGAUCUUGUUCUAAUGACAGUUGUUUUAAUUGUGUGAAAUCAGAUUAAAACGAGUAAAUGCUUGAAUUAGCUGGGGUUUUUCUUAAAAUACAAAAAUCAAACAGAAAUCCAAUAAUAACAAUAAACAAAUAAAUGGCUGAAUUUACUGGUUCCAAAUUGUUUUGUUUUGGCACAUAUCACCUAAAAAUUUGUAGCUUUCUUUAAAUUCUUUAUAAUUAUUAAAAUAAAUCAAUAAAGACAAAUAAAUGUGUUUAAUUUGCUGUCAGGUUUAGAAACAUACAGUCAUAUGAAAGUCCAGGUGCUUGUCUAAAAUGGUGUCCUGUCCAACAGAGAGAGGAGACACAUGAAGUACAUCCACGCACACCGGCUCUCUCACCUAAAGGUGGCCAACUGACCUAACAAUCACGAGUUUUCUUUUCCCUGUGGAACAAAGCCAGAGUAUCCAGGGGGAAACCAACGCAUUGGAAAGGAGAACACUCAAACUCCAAACAGGAAAACCUUAACUGGGUUAAACCCAGAGGCUGGUAUAAGGGCAAAAGUUCCAACUAAUGAGCUGCAAUACAGUACAUUCCUCUGAAAGGUGCGUCUCACUGUAUUACAAUAUAAUCAAAAGGGGAAUUUCCCUUAGUAUUUAAAUUUAAAAAGUGAAAUCCAUAUAUUUCACACUGCCAAAGGUACCCAAAGCUGGUUUAAUGAGUGUGGUGUUAGUGUGCUUGAUUGGCCAGUAAGCUACCCUGACCUGAACCCCAAAGAGAAUCUAUGGAGUAUUGUCAAGAUGAAGAUGAGAGACACCACACCCAACAAUGCAGAUGACCUGGAGGCCCUUUUAAAGCAACCUGUGCUUCAGUUACCCCUCAACAGAACCACAGGCUGAUUGCCCCAAUGCCGCACUGCGCUGAUGCAGUAAUCAAUGCAAAAGGAGCCCCGAUCAAGAAUUUAGUGCAGAUACUCUGCCAGUCUAUGGGAGUAUUUGUCAGUAGGCCCACAUUUCUGUAUUAAUCAUUUUUAUGGCUCUUAUAUAAUAUUCAAAUUUUCUGAGAAAAUAUAAAAUACACCUAAAAGAAUCACUGCAUUGUCAUUAAUUACUUAAAUCAAUUAACUUUUCAAUGAUUUACUGAGCCGUACCUUUAAAAAUGUCUGUCUGUAAUGGGUUCAGUACCUCAGUUAAGGAUUUCCAAUCUGGAUGUUUCCCCUUCCUUUGGAGGUUUUCUUUUUACAUCCCAGAGGCUGCAGGAGGGACUGUAAAUCCCUUCUGGUCUGGGAAUGCGCUGGGAUCCCCCAGGGAAAUGGAAGAGUGUAACUGAGAAAGAGAGAUCUGAUUUAUUAUCAUUACAAGAUCAUAUUUCUCGAAGCAGUUCUAUCUAUACGGAGUUAAACACGACCCACCGAACAGCUCUGAGGUGCAGCGGUGCUUUCUUUUUUCUAGUAGUGUAACAGCGGGUGUUUAGCUGCUCUCUCUGUUCUCUGAAUAGACAUUUAAACUCCAAGCAUCAAUAUAAUCACAAGUUACAUCAAUUAAAACACCAAAAAGAAUUAAAAUCAUUUCUACAUUGCUGAAAAUCCCCUCAGAUUGUCACUGUAUAAGCAAUAAAAGUGUUUUGGAUCAUCUGUCGUGGUAAAUCCUCCACCUCCUCCUUGCUGUGCUUACACCAAAAAGUUCCUCCAAGUCAGAUGUUUCCCUUCCUACAUGGUGACAUCAAGCAGAGGUUCAGCUCUGCUCCCUUUGUUAUUGCUGUCCAACUAUAGGGCCCAUCAUGAUCUGUACUGUGUCCAUGUACACAACCAGCUUUUUCUUUUUCUUUGUAAGCAAUAAUGACGUUGCAUUAAAAAAAGGCUCUCUGUGGGUUUGUCUUCUGCUGAAGGAUGCAAUAAAAUGUCAGCCAUAUUUAAAGAGAGAUGCAGCUUCCCAUUCAGUUUUACCUCUGCUGAAAUACAAACAGGUCUAAGCUGCUGUCACAGUUGCCAGGAUGUGUGUACAGAUGGAAAAGUGAAUGUGAAGCUUUAGAAAGAAGUUCCAGAUGAAAGAGGGAAGGAUAUUUCCACAGUAACCUCCCUUAGCUUUAAGGUGGUAGGACUUCCUGCACCUAUGCACUGUUCAGAUAUGGACCAGUAGAUAAUUUGCUAUGGAGGGGAGCGGAUCAGCUCACAGGCGGUCAGAGAUAAACCCCAGCUUCUUGUCCUCCAGGCUUGAAGACAAACCCCAUGAUUGGUUCUACUUCAACAUGCAGGUUAAGUAAAGAAAAAAAAAAAACUGUACAACACAUGUUGAGUACCUGCACUAUCUGUGUUACUGUAGUAUAUAAAUAUGUGUACUGUAACUGGUGAAUAAUGUAUAUAUAUAUAUAUAAAUAUAUGUAAAGAAUAGAA